AUGAACCGAUCUGCUAUAGUUCAAGGUAAGUAAUGCAGGUAUAGUUUCACACACGUCGCAACGCGUAACUCGUGAACUUUCAAACGAAUCUAAUGACAGUAGUGUAAUAAUAGUAGUGCAAUAGUACUCGAUUGCUGAAAUGCAAUCGUUUAUAAAACAGCACUUGGGUUUUAAGGCAAAUGUUCAUUUUUUUUUUUUUUUUUUUCUACGCGAUACAGAAAUCCAACGUUAGGUAACGCACAAAAUUCGUUUUGUAUCAUUUUGAUUCUAUAUAAGUCAAUUUUUUUUUUUUUAUGUAAAUGAUUUUAGAUUUCGAACGGAGCAAGGAAUAUAUUGGUUUUACAAUGAUAUUUAAUUUGUUUUAUUUCUGUGAAAAACUUUUCCACCAGCAAUUUUGGUCCGGUUUACAACGAUAGCGAUAUUUCUGAAAGGAAAUCUAACCGCCGCGUUAAUGUGGGAUCAUUUUUUGAUUUUCUCAUUUUCCAAAUUAAUGAGAAGAACCGGGAAAUUAUAGGAAAAUAGAUACAAUACUAAACAAAUAUAUUUUUUAAAAAAAAAAAUUUUUACUUCAUAUGUAAUUAUUUUACCAUAAUAUGACAUAUAUAUAUAUAUAUAUAUAUAUAUAUUGUUAACCAAGCAAUACUAUCAACCAAACUCCGCUCAGAAUCGUAUUUUCGUUAGCAAUGAUUAAACGUUGCGAUUGAUGGAAUCCUUUCAACAACCUUCCCAAUUUCCCACCUGCAACAAUGGCUGCACUCGUCUUCGUUAUCCUAGGACAGUUUUUUUUUUAUUGUAUUUUUCAAUUAUUUCGGCUGAGGCAUUUUAAUAUUCGUUUUGGCAUAAUUAAAACAUUCUGAUUUAUUUAAUAAGAAAAAGAAAACGCUUCUCAGUUACAUAAGGUAUGAUAAUAGGUACAGCGUACGUAUCUCAAUUUAUGUCAAACACGGAAUACGAACUAUGGUUUAGUUGUUUUCGUUUAGGUUAGGUUAAGUUGUGCCCGGAGAGUGCAAAGAAGAAGAACAGGGUCCGGAUGUUCUUCGGUGUUCGAGAUCCUCGACCGGAGGACACCGUGGAUCUGUUGUGCGGUCUCGAAAAGCUGCGUAACGACCCCGCUUGCUUUUUUUACAAGUUAUUCUACAAUUUUAGUUAAUUUUUGAUUAUGCAUUUUUUUUUACUUUAUAAGUAUGUGAGCUUUUUUCUGCUUGUUUCAAACAGUCGUAUGUUUUUUUUCUUCAUAUUAUUGUGCUUUAAAAUUCAUACAGAAUUUAUAAAGAAAUGUAUGCAUGGGAUAAAAUAUUACGGGUAUUUAUAUGCGGAAACGUUUUACCGGAAAAAUUUAAACCAGAUUAUGAACAAAAUAUAAUAUGUUACGGGCAAAAAAAAAAUUCUUGACGAUAAAAAAAAAAAAUUAUAGAAACAUAAAAUAUAUAUUAGUUAUUUUAUUUGUGGGCAAAUUUCGUAUGCUUUCGGUUCUAAAUACGCCAAUGUCCUAUCUCACAUGACAUAUCCCAGGCACCCAGCCGCCCAGACUUUUCGAGCGAGUUGCCUUUCGCGGAGCGUACACCAGGUCACGGGACUUGAUUAAUCUAUCUGUAUAGCGAAAUGAAAUUCUUGCAAAAUUACCCUAUUAUUCGAAUCAUGGCCGCCACUGGCACGCCUAACGACCUUAUGUUUGAAUGUUUUAUAGUCAAGCGAUAGACCACAAUGGAACACUUCUACACGCAUUUAUUUAAUUUAAUUUUAUGUUGUUGUUUUAUCCUAUGUCACAUCAUAACUAAUCUAUUUACAUAAUUAAUUAGCAUAAAAAGCUACGCGUUGUGCAUUGUAAAUAAAAUUAACACACAGGGUGAUACUUUUAUUAUUGACCACUCAUGAUUUGGCAAAAUAUUGACUUGUUUUCUAAAAAAUACAUUAUAUAUGAUCUAAAAUUUUUCAUUAUUAUUAUUUUUUAUCACCCUUAUUUUUGGGGGUGAACCGACUACCAACUUUUGAUAUUCAAACAGUAACCUAAAAUUAAAAGUUCCAUGUAUAAAUGGAGUAAAAAGUAAAAUAAAAAAAGUUUGUAUGUUGAAAUUAUGAACUUCUGUUAACCCGUUUGCAUACGGUUCCAAUGCUCUCACCCUCCUUAAACUUAAAAGUGGAAUAUCAAUUUUUUGAAAACAGUCAAUAUUUUGUAUUUUAACGAGUGUAUUACGGUAAAAGAAUUCUCCUGUAUAAAAAAAAACAAUUAAUCAACGAAUACGUUGAUUAGAAGGCGUCUAUACCUGUAAAACAGAAUAGAUUAUCUGGGUAAAUUAUUGUCCAUAGAUCGCCCAUAUUUCUGCGAAAAAAACGUUCGGUACCAAGCGAAACAUACAUCGUAUCAAAAUUGGACUUGAUAGGAGUAUUCACUAAAGGGGCGGUAACCUGACGGUAUAUGGUGAUCAGUAUAUGAAAUAAAAUGAUGAAAAAACUCAGACAUUAUAAAUUACACAAGCGAGAUUGCUAUAAAUCACAAGAUACCUAGGACUAUUCGAAAAUAACGAUAUUGGGAGGGAUGGAUUGCCGAUGAACACGCAAUACAAAUACGGGUGAGCCAAACAGAAUGUCACAAGUAUUCAACAGACGUGAAAAACAAAAAUAACAACAACCGUAAACAUAACGAUUUAAAAAAAAAAAAAGAAAAAAAUUAAUAAAACGGCCGUCAAGGUAUAUAAUAUAGUCAUUUUAAUAGUAUUGUCCAGUAUUUCGCAUAAAAUCAAAAAAGUAAAUGUUAAUCACUAUUUCACGAAGAAUUAUAUUUUUUGAAAAUUUUUUUGAUAAAACCUAGUAACAAUAUUUUUUCAAAUUAUUAUUUUCGCCACCUGCGUGGCCACCACUCUCGCCCAAUACGCCGCCCCUGCUUACCCGGCGCCCGCUUACUCGGCACCAAAGGCUUACAACCUGGAGCCCGCAUACGCCCCGGCCCCGUACAGCUUCGAAUACAGCGUCAACGACCCGACCACUUACGAUAUCCACAGCCAGUCCGAAUCCAGCGACGGUAACGGUUACGUCAAGGGAACCUACAGCCUGGUCGAACCCGACGGUUCCACCCGCGUCGUCGAAUAUACCGCCAACGACCACAGCGGUUUGAAGAAAAUCGAAGGAUAG